GGCGGUCCGUGUUGCCGGAAGUGCGGACUCUACUGUAUUUCAGACACAAGCGCUGAACGACAAGUUCCUCUUCUGUGAGGGUUUAAAUAUGAUGUGAAAACCGCCACAGGACACGCGAGUACUGCACACCUGAAGAUCAAAUGGCCUAGAAACACCAGAACGGACGAACUGCUGCAUUAGCCUAGCCCGGAGCUACGCAGCCCUUCUGCUGACUCUGUACAGAUCAGUCCUGCGGAUUCAGCCGCUUGUGUGAGGACAACUUUGAACCGCAGGGUAAAAGUCUGAGGUGUAGCUAGAUGGCUCGGGUUGUUCUCGUGGAUCUGCUUCACCCGCACUGCCCGCAGUACAGCCGGUGCGUCGAGCGGCGCGUCAGCAGGUUGCAAGAAGUGAUUGGUAACAGCGCCGAGGAGCCCGUUUAUCUCCUCCUUCACCAGCACACGCCCCGCAGCGGGGAAACGGAGAGUCUGUCCGAGGCGGCUGUUCUGGACAGAUUCGUUCGUCUGAACAGGCGUGUACAUGUUGUAAUCAACAGGAGCGCAGCAGCCUCCCUUUACUCAUUCAAACAGGCUGCGGACGCCCUGGACGCUACUGAUGUCCAGGUCCUGACCUGCAGCCGUCGGCAGGCGGUCCUCCAGGUGUACCAGGAGCUCCUCUUCACACCUGUCUACAGUUUCCACUACCGCACUGUGUUUAACGACCUACACUGCCCGCUCGAUGACCUGGCCCUCACCUGCUCUCAGCGCGCUGAAGUCAAGGACGAAAUCAGCACGUUUCUACAGCGCCUUCCAGCGGUGAAGGGAGAAAUUACAAUUCUGAAAUCUUCCAUGAUCUCAGAUUGCUUUUCUCAUGGUUUCACCACAAGAACAGGAGGGAUCUCUUACAUCAGCACCUUAAGCUCUCUGAACCUGUUCAGCAGCUCAAGGCGUAGAGACUCCAGUGCCGUGGUGGCAGAAAACCUUAGACGGCUCGGACUGCAGGCUGGCUUUCAGCCAAACCAGUUUCACCUUGCUAAGGUCAACCAUGCCAGUGACGUGUGGGUAAUGAGCAAGCCUGCACCCGAGAGCUAUGAUGCGAUUGUGACAAAUCAGCCAGGCAUUGUCAUAGCAGCACCAGGAGCUGACUGCAUGCCACUGCUCUUCACUGAUCCUGUGGCAAAGGUCAUUGGAGCAGCACAUGCAGGCUGGAGGGGUACCCUAAUGGGGAUUGCCAUGGCAACAGUGAAUGCCAUGGUGCUCGAGUUUGGCAGCAAGCUUGUUAAUAUAGUGGCUGUGAUUGGGCCUUCUGUUGGGCCCUGCUGUUUCACUAUGGAACAAGACUCAGCCAGAAAUUUCCAGGCCAUCCAUCCGGACUGUGUUAGAAACAUGGACUCACGCAGGCCUUAUGUUGACAUCAGGCUUGCUACCAGAAUCCUCCUGGAGAGAGGUGGGCUUCUCCCAGAGCACAUCCAUGAUGACACAGUGACACACCAACCCAACCUCACUCUGUGCACCUCCUGCCUCCCUGAUUCCUUUUUCUCCCAUGUUAGAGAUGGCGUCAACUUUGGCACUCAAGUCGGCUUCCUGUGGAUCAAAUAACCCCUGGAAUUAAACAGUCUGACCAUUAGGACCAACACAGUGUAAGGAACCAUUAGAAUAGUAUAAAAAAGUGUCAUGGUGCUUGACAAAUCAACAUCUUACCUUUGUUAUGCUUGCUAAGCACUACACAGGAUUUACCAUAACUUUCUUACCAGGAUUAACUUUUAUUAAUAUAGAACAUUUGAAUAUUGAACUGUUGUCGCUUCUGGUUACAGCUUGGCUACAAUUCUUUAAAUAAUCAUUAGAAAUGCUACAUCGGCCUUACUUACCUUUUGUUUGACCUAGGAAAAAAGCUCUUUAUGAAGACUGAAACCAUUGCUGAUGCAGCUCUUCAGGGAGAAUUUGAUUACCUCCAUGUACACCUAUCACUCAACGACUGCACAACAGCCUCCCUUCACUCAUCCAGACAAACUACAAACACUCUGCACAUUACUCAUGUCCACGUAAUGACUUUCCGUCACAGAGAAACAGGACUAAAGCUUCUCUUCGCUAUGAUAGACAGCCUUGGUGUCCUCGCCUUAACUCAGAUUACUGACAUCAAGAAUGAGCCACAUUUUCAAAACAUGUUGCCAGACAUGGCUUAUUUCACUUCUCCGGUAAAAUAUAGGAGGUGAUUCACUGUGUCUUAAUAGAGACUGAUGAUUGCUUUUCUUAUUGAUAUUUCCUUGUUCUGUUCCUUAGUUCUAUGUUGUCUUCUCCCAUUACUUUCAUAUCUAACAUAUCCUAGCAACACCUGCUUGCCUUUACAUAUGUAAUGAUGUUGUGGAAUGUAUUCAUUUUCACCAAAGCUUGGCAAUGUGUUUACAAGAAUUGUUUGAAUUAAGCAAGCUUAAAAGUGUGAUAAUUGA